AUGGGCAAGAAAGAAGAAGUGAUACCGUAUACCGACAUGAUUGAAGACAAGGAGAAGAACGUCUCGGAGCACGAGGAUGAUGCCUCCGCUGCGCCCAACCUCAAGAUGCGCGAUGGCAUCGUCUUGAUGCCGCAGCCGUCCGACGACCCUAACGACCCGCUCAACUGGUCCUGGUCCCGCAAGAAUGCCGCAUUGUUUACCAUCUCGUACCUGGCCCUCGUCUGCUACGUCGCUGUGACCACCUUAGUUACAGGGACUGUGUCCCUGGCCGAGUCGCUGCACGUAUCGAAGUCGACAGCUGUUUAUCUGGGCAACACGCCUGUUGCCCUUUAUGCCGUAGCUCCCUGGCUCUGGAGCCCGCUCAGUCAUUUUAUAGGACGCCGAUCUGUGCUGCUCAUGUGCAAUAUUAUCGCCAUGAUUGGGGCUGUUGUCGUUACGACGUCCAAGACGUACGCGGCUUGCAUUGUCGGCCGGGUCAUACUCGGCGCUGGUGGUUCUGCAUUCUGGACACUGGGGCCGGCGAGUAUCGGAGAUAUGUUCUUCCGCCAUGAGAAAGGAAAGAAUAUAGGUAUAUCGACAUUGGCUAUUGUAGUCUCCCCGUUCCUUGGGACAAUUAUUGGCGGACCUAUCAUAGAGAACAACAACCUAGGCUGGCCGGCAUCACAGUGGAUACCCCUGGUUUUUAUGGGAGCAGGCCUCAUAAUGCAGAUCUUCUUUCUUCCGGAGACCAUCUAUAUUCGAGAGGCACGUCCAAAUUCUGCUUCCAUGACCGCUCAGCACCCGUCAUUUGUGCCCAAACCUGGUGAAUCGACACCUUGGGGCCGGUAUGGCAUCCAUAUCCCCAAGCGCCGGGAGGACAAGCAGCAUAGUUUUCUUUUCAUUGCCACACGACCCUUUGUGCUCUUCAAGUACCCAGCGGUAAUACUAUCGGCGUUCUGGUUCGGUAUUGCCUACAUGAUGCAUGUAGGUAUCACGGCCGAGAUCCCACUCGUAUUUGAGGAGCGGUAUAACUUCUCCGUACUCGAUGUCGGUCUGACUGGAUUCUCUGGCUUGAUUGGAGCGCUAAUCGGUGAGGCGUAUGCUGGACCCUCACUCGAUUUCAUUGCGAAGCGUACGAUGAAGCAUGGUCGGGAAUGGCAGCCUGAGUACCGCCUCCAAGCCGUCUGGCCAGCACUGGUCGCCGUACCAGCCGGCCUGAUCAUGUUUGGGACAUCGAUCCAAUUUGGAUAUACUUGGGUCACGCCUCUGGUCGGCCAAGGUAUUUACAUAUUUGGCAUUGAGGUUGGCACAACGGUGAUUCAAACGUAUAUCCUGGAAUGCUACCCUCGCCAGGGCGCAGAGGUGAACUUGGUCUUCAAUUUGAUUCGCAACAUCUUCUCCUAUACGGCUCCGUUCUUUGUGCAGCCGAUGAUCGCCAGAGUCGGAAUGACCUCCCCAUUCGGUCUCUUUGCUGCUUUGACCGUCUUCUUCUUCCCUUUUACUGUGGGUGUUCUGAUGUUGCGAGGCAAACAGAUCCGGGACAAGGGCGGUGACCCCGGAUGGAGUAGAGAUUAA